UCUAAAAUCUGUGGCGUUUCAAAUCCUCCAAAUUAGCUCGAUCAGUCAACCCGGAUCACAAUCCCCGCCCCUCUUUACGCAUGCGCAAAGUAGCGUGGGGAGCUGUCCAGUCACUCGGUGCUGGAGCGUUCUCGGAGAAGCAGCUUCCCCUCUCCGGUCCACCGACACAGACGGGAGCGAUGGAGGAAGAGUUGAAAUGCCCCGUUUGCGGGUCUCUCUUCAAGGACCCCAUCCUGCUUCCGUGUUCCCACAACGUCUGCCUGGGAUGCGCUCGGAACAUCACCGUCCAGACCCCGGAGGGGGAGACCCCGGUGCAGAGCCGAGCCUCGGGCAGCUCUGACUACGACUACCUGGACAUGGACAAAAUGAGUCUGUACAGCGAGACGGACAGCGGAUACGGCUCGUACACGCCGUGCCAGCUCAAGUCUCCAAACGGGGUGCGGGUGUUUCCGCCUGCGAUCCCCCACCGACAGUGCACACUCACCUGUCCGCUGUGCCACCGGAGCGUCUCCCUGGACGAGCGGGGGCUCCGGGGUUUCCCUCGGAACCGGCUGCUGGAGGCCAUCGUGGCGCGGUACCAACAGACCCGCGCAGCCUCCUCCUCAUCUUCCAACGCGGUGAAGUGCCAGCUGUGUGACCGCAACCCGGUGGACGCGGCGGUGAUGUGCGAGCAGUGCGACGUCUACUACUGCAACGCCUGCCAGCAGCGAUGCCACCCGUCCCGCGGUCCCCUCGCCAAGCACCGACUGGUGCCGCCGCCAAACAAGGCGGUAGGAGGGGGGGCUAGCGGAGGCGGCGGUGGUCAGCAGCCGCCCGCCACCGCGCGGAAACCGGCGACGUGCGUGGAUCACGAAGCGGAAAACUUCAGCAUGUACUGCAGCAGCUGCAAGGCUCCCGUGUGCAUGAAGUGUCUGGAGGAGGGAAAACACGCCAAGCACGACGUCAAACCGCUGGCCGUGAUGUGGAAGCAACACAAAUGUCAGCUUUCCCAGGCGCUGAACGGUGUCUCUGACAAAGCUAAAGAUGCCAAGGAGUUCCUGGUUCAACUCAAAAACAUGCUUCAGCAGAUACAGGAGAACGGUGUGGAGUUUGAAGCUUGCCUCGUGGCUCAGUGUGACUCUCUGAUCGAGGCGCUGACCAGACAGAAAGCCAAACUGCUCACGAAAGUUACCAAGGAGAAGGAGUACAAACUAAAGGUGGUACGUGACCAGAUCACACACUGCACUAUGAAGCUACGGCAGACCACCGGCAUGAUGGAGUACUGUCUAGAAGUCCUCAAAGAGAAUGAUCCAAGUGGUUUCCUCCAGAUCUCAGAUGCUCUGAUCAAGCGAGUGACGUCGUCUCAAGACCAGUGGGUUAAAGGGGCCCUGGAGCCAAAGGUUGGCCCUGACUUUGACCUCACUCUCAAUACCGACUCACUGCUACAGACCAUCCUACAGCUGGACUUCUGCCAGGGCAAAGAUGUACAGGAGAAUCCAAAAUUGAAACAAAUGCAGGAAGCAGGCAGUGGUGAGGCUGAGAUGGAGACAGAGAGCCCAGGAGUGGAGCCUAGACCCUCAGUGCCUCCAGCUCCUCUCCUGCAGCUGGAGAAGUGCUGCACAAGGAAUAACAGCGCCACCCUGGCCUGGAGGGUAACUAUGCCCAUCAUCAACCCCAUCGAGGGCUACAUCCUGGAGCUGGAUGAUGGCAAUGGAGGACAGUACAGGGAGGUAUAUGUGGGGAAGGAAACAGUAUGUACAGUCGAUGGUCUUCAUUUCAACAGUUCCUACAACGCAAGGGUGAAAGCUUAUAAUUCCAUUGGAGUGGGUCCAUACAGCAAGACAGUCAUGCUCAAGACUUCUGAUGUGGCUUGGUUCACCUUUGACCCCACCUCAGCUCAUCGGGACAUUGUUCUGACUAAUGACAACCAGACAGUUAGCUGUAACAGCUAUGAUGACCGUGUGGUGCUGGGGACAGCUGCUUUCUCCAAGGGCAUUCACUACUGGGAGGUCAGCAUUGAUCGCUAUGACAACCACCCAGAUCCUGCGUUUGGCAUUGCAAGGAUCAACACCAUGAAGGACAUGAUGCUGGGGAAAGAUGACAAAGCCUGGGCCAUGUAUGUGGACAACAACCGCUCCUGGUUCAUGCACAACAACUCCCACACCAACAGGGCAGAGGGAGGCAUCACUAAGGGCUCGACUGUGGGUGUCCUGCUGGAUCUGACUAAACGCACACUGACCUUCUACAUCAAUAAGGAACAGCAUGGCCCAACUGCCUUUGAGAACCUGGACGGGGUCUUUGUGCCCGCCGUCAGCCUCAACAGAAAUGUGCAGGUGACAUUACUGACAGGCCUGGAAGUUCCAAAGAAUAUCAAACAGUAAGAGCUCCCUCCUUACUCUGAGCGUGCCCUGGAUACAAACCAAUGAUGUCAUGUCCAGUAC